AUGGAUUCAGCAAAAACUUGCAAAUUGACAGGAAAGGCCGUUGUGGUAGUUUGUCUCCUGGCUCUGAUCGUUAUUGGAGUAAUUACAGCCAGUAUACUGGUUGGGGUACUGCAGAAAAAUCCAAAUGAUGUUAGCCUAACAUCUCAGAAUAUUCCUACUUCAACCGCAAGCACGCUAAUGAAUAAGAAUAUCCUUACCGCAGAUUCGCUAAAAACGAUCUCUACUGCUAUUUCAUCUAUAGCUCUGAGUAGUUAUAGUGAUAUUUCAAUGGGCUAUGAUUAUGGCAAUAAUGUUGAUGAAGAUGAGCAAGCGAGAGAGUCUACGAUUGUGGCGAGUGGUACGGUUGUUCAUGAACAUUUUCCAUCAAUGACCUCUUCGGAUAGAACUUCUUCUGUCGUUUCUAGCAAUUAG